AUGCUUCGCUCAAGACAUGCCUUGUCUUCCACACACAAAGCCUUGUUCCAACACCUGCGUCUUUUUUCUUUACCUUCAAACUCGGACCACAUCCUCGGCGCUCGUAGCCGCGACACCCAUCUGCGAGAGGCCCUUCUACAAAUGGCCCUUCGUGGCAAUGACAUGAACUUCCAAGACUACAACACAGUCCUAAACGAGUGCGUGAGCAAAAGGGCCUUCAAAGAAGGGCAGAGAGUGCAUGCCCACAUGAUCAAAACUCACCAUCUUCCCUGUGUGUACCUGUGGACAAGGCUGAUCGUAUUCUAUGUCAAGUGUGACUCUCUGAGAGAUGCUCGGCACCUGUUUGAUGAAAUGCCGGAGCGGAAUGUGGUGUCGUGGACGGCUAUGAUCUCGGCUUAUUCUCAGAGAGGAUAUGCCUCUCAUGCCUUGACCCUUUUUGUGCAGAUGCUAAGAUCAGGUACAGAACCUAAUGAGUUCACUUUUGCUACCGUGCUUACUUCAUGUAUAGGUGCUUUGGGUUUUGUCUUAGGGAGGCAAAUCCACUCUCUUAUCAUAAAGUUAAAUUACGAAUCGCAUGUUUAUGUUGGAAGCUCACUACUUGAUAUGUAUGCUAAGGAUGGCAAAAUUCAUGAAGCUCGAGGCAUAUUUGAAUGCUUGCCUGAAAGAGAUGUAGUUUCUUGUACUGCCAUUAUCUCUGGAUAUGCUCAACUGGGCCUGGAUGAAGAGGCGUUGGAACUAUUUCGCCAGUUGCAAAAGGAAGGAAUGCAAUCAAACUAUGUUACUUAUACAAGUGUUUUAACUGCACUUUCUGGGCUUGCUGCUCUAGAUCAUGGCAAGCAAGUGCACAAUCAUCUUCUUCGGUCUGAAGUUCUCUCAUUUGUGGUUCUUCAAAACUCUUUGAUUGACAUGUACUCAAAAUGUGGAAACCUCACUUACGCAAGAAGGAUAUUUGUUACCAUGCAUGAGAGAACUGUUAUCUCUUGGAAUGCGAUGCUAGUUGGGUAUAGCAAACAUGGAGAGGGAAAAGAAGUUCUUGAACUUUUCAAUUUAAUGAGAGAUGAAAAUAAAGUCAAACCUGACAGUGUCACAGUUUUGGCUGUGUUAUCUGGUUGCAGUCAUGGAGGACUGGAAGAUAAGGGAAUGGAUAUUUUUUAUGAUAUGACCAGUGGGAAAAUUGCUGUUCAGCCAGACACAAAGCACUAUGGGUGCGUUGUUGAUUUGCUUGGUCGUGCUGGUCGAGUGGAAGAAGCUUUUGAGUUCAUCAAGAAGAUGCCUUUCGAACCAUCAGCUGCUAUAUGGGGUUGCCUUCUAGGUGCUUGCAGUGUUCAUUUAAAUGUUGACAUUGGUGAAUUUGUGGGUCACCGGCUUCUAGAAAUUGAGCCUGAAAAUGCUGGCAAUUAUGUUAUUCUAUCUAAUUUAUAUGCUUCAGCAGGAAGAUGGGAAGAUGUAAGAUCUCUAAGGGACCUGAUGUUGAAGAAGACUGUAACAAAAGAGCCUGGAAGAAGCUGGAUUGAGCUUGAUCAAAUACUUCACACGUUCCAUGCUAGUGAUUGUUCCCAUCCAAGAAGGGAAGAAGUAUCUGCAAAAGUGCAGGAGUUAUCAGUCCGGUUUAAAGAAUCUGGCUAUGUUCCUGAUUUGAGUUGUGUUUUACAUGAUGUCGAUGAGGAGCAGAAGGAGAAGAUACUUCUUAGUCACAGUGAGAAGUUGGCUAUGUGUUUUGCUCUAAUUGCUACUCCUGAAAGUGUGCCAAUCCGUGUAAUAAAAAACCUUCGUAUUUGCGUUGAUUGCCAUAAUUUUGCUAAAUAUAUCUCAAAGAUUUAUGGAAGAGAAGUGUCUUUGAGGGAUAAAAACCGGUUUCAUCGAAUUGUUGGCGGAAAAUGUUCUUGUGGAGAUUACUGGUGA